CGCACAACCCCGCCUCUAAGGCCGUUACCAGAAAAAUCCAAGCAAGAUGGUCAAGUAAGUCUUUGACAACCCCAUCCAUCAGCCCUUGCCUCCCACACCUGGAUCUUGUGGUCAGAGCAACUGAUCAUUAUGAAAAUGAUGCUAAUAUGUACGCUCCAGCUUCACCAUCGAAGAGGUUCGUCCAGUACCCUCAACGUGCUUCCCUACAAGGAGGGGCCAAAUUUUCACUUCAGUUCGACAACUGCUAACCACACCCGUAGAUCCGGGCCCUGAUGGACCGUCCGGCCAACAUCCGGAACAUGUCCGUUAUUGCUCACGUCGAUCACGGAAAGUCCACUCUUACCGACUCUCUCGUUCAGCGUGCCGGUAUUAUUUCUGCCGCCAAGGCAGGUGAGCAACGUUUCACCGACACACGUGCAGAUGAGCAGGAGCGUGGCAUUACUAUCAAGUCGACUGCUAUCUCCCUCUACGCCCACUUGCCCGACGAGGAAGAUAUCAAGGAUAUCCCCCAGAAGGUUGACGGUAACCACUUCUUGAUCAACUUGAUCGACUCGCCUGGUCACGUUGAUUUCUCUUCUGAGGUUACUGCUGCUCUUCGUGUCACCGACGGUGCCCUGGUUGUCGUCGACACCGUCGAAGGUGUCUGUGUCCAGACCGAAACUGUGCUCCGUCAGGCUCUUGGUGAACGUAUCAAGCCUGUCGUCAUCAUCAAUAAGGUUGACCGUGCUCUUCUCGAACUCCAAGUCACCAAGGAGGACUUGUACCAGUCUUUCUCUCGUACUAUCGAGUCCGUCAACGUUAUCAUCGCUACUUACUUCGACAAGGCUCUCGGUGAUGUCCAGGUUUACCCUUACAACGGUACCGUUGCUUUCGGCUCCGGUCUUCACGGAUGGGCUUUCACCGUCCGUCAAUUCGCCAUCAAGUAUGCCAAGAAGUUUGGUGUUGAUCGUAAGAAGAUGAUGGAACGUCUCUGGGGUGACAACUUCUUCAACCCCAAGACCAAGAAGUGGACUAAGUCCGAAACAUAUGAGGGCAAGCAGCUUGAGCGUGCUUUCAACCAGUUUAUCCUUGACCCCAUCUUCAAGGUCUUCUCGUCCAUCACUCACAACAAGAAGGAGGAGAUCACCGUUCUCCUUGACAAGCUUGAAAUCAAGCUUACCAAUGAUGAGAAAGAUCUCGAGGGCAAGGCUCUCCUCAAGGUUGUCAUGCGCAAGUUCUUGCCUGCCGCUGACGCUCUCCUCGAGAUGAUGGUACUCCACCUUCCUUCUCCCGUCACUGCCCAGAAGUACCGUGCGGAAACUCUAUACGAAGGUCCUACUGAUGACGAGGCUUGCAUUGCUAUUCGCGACUGUGACACUAAGGGUCCUCUCAUGCUUUACGUUUCCAAGAUGGUGCCGACCUCCGAUAAGGGUCGUUUCUUCGCUUUCGGUCGUGUCUUCUCUGGUGUUGUUCGCUCCGGUCUUAAGGUCCGUAUUCAAGGACCUAACUAUGUUCCUGGUAAGAAGGAGGACUUGACCAUCAAGGCUAUCCAGCGUACCAUUCUCAUGAUGGGUCGUUUCGUUGAACCCAUCGAGGAUGUUCCUGCUGGUAACAUUGUCGGUCUUGUUGGUGUUGACCAGUUCUUGCUCAAGUCUGGUACCCUCACUACCUCUGAGACUGCCCACAACCUCAAGGUUAUGAAGUUCUCUGUCUCUCCUGUCGUGCGUCGCUCCGUUGAGGUCAAGAAUGCCAAUGAUCUGCCCAAGCUUGUCGAAGGUCUCAAGCGUCUCUCCAAAUCCGACCCUUGUGUCCAGGUCUCCAUCUCUGAAUCCGGUGAGCACGUCGUUGCUGGUGCCGGUGAACUUCACUUGGAAAUUUGCUUGAAGGAUCUUGAGGAGGACCACGCCGGUGUUCCUCUGCGCAUCUCUGACCCUGUCGUCCAGUACCGUGAGACUGUCGGUGGCAAGUCCAGUAUGACUGCUUUGUCCAAGUCUCCCAAUAAGCACAACCGUCUGUAUGUCGAGGCUGAGCCUCUUUCUGAGGAAGUCUCUCUCGCUAUUGAGGCUGGCAAGAUCAACCCGCGUGACGAUUUCAAGGCUCGUGCUCGUGUCCUUGCUGAUGACUACGGCUGGGAUGUUACCGAUGCCCGUAAGAUCUGGGCUUUCGGUCCUGACACCACCGGUGCCAACUUGCUUGUUGACCAGACCAAGGCUGUUCAGUACCUGAACGAAAUCAAGGAUUCUUUCGUCUCCGGUUUCCAAUGGGCUACCCGUGAAGGUCCUGUUGCCGAAGAACCCAUGCGUUCUGUUCGAUUCAACGUUAUGGAUGUGACCCUUCACGCUGACGCUAUUCACCGUGGUGGUGGUCAGAUCAUUCCUACUGCUCGCCGUGUGCUUUACGCCUCCGCCCUCCUUGCUGACCCAGGUCUCUUGGAGCCUAUCUUCAACGUCGAAAUCCAGGUUCCCGAGCAAGCUAUGGGUGGUAUCUACGGUGUGCUCACUCGUCGUCGUGGUCACGUUUACACUGAGGAACAGCGUGUUGGUACUCCUCUCUUCACCGUCAAGGCUUACAUGCCCGUCAACGAGUCCUUCGGCUUCAACGGAGAUCUCCGUGCUGCCACUGGAGGACAGGCCUUCCCUCAAUCAGUCUUCGAUCACUGGGCUAUCCUCCCUGGUGGAUCUCCUCUUGACCCAACUACCAAGCCUGGUCAAAUCGUCGCCGAGACUCGUAAGCGUAAGGGUCUUAAGGAACAAGUUCCUGGCUAUGAUAACUACUACGACAAGCUGUAAAAGACCCUUCUCGAGUCGGAUUGAUCUCGCCUUGACAGGCCAGUUAUUACGAGUAUGAUGAACCCUGAAGCCUGAGUGGGGUGUAAGCGAGACAUGAUAUGAUACCAACGUUAAAAAAUUCGACGAACUUGGCCCUCGCCUCGUUCACGAUUGCAGCUCGGUCAUUGGAGAUGAAAUUACAUCAGUAGAAUACACAGGCCGGAGGUUGCAUGUUAACUUUUCCUUUGUUAUGUUAUUGAAAUGAGUGUGAAAUUUUGCUGUUGAAUAUGUUUCACUAUAAGAAACAAUAUAAAUACUGCACUCAUAUUCGAAAUAUUGUAGUAAAGUUGAUAUAUAAUUUCUUUCAAUCAUAAUCCGUAACUACAUGGAUAU